UAUUAUCGCAAACCACAGAAAUACCGUAAUGAUGAACAUCCAAACAACAACAACAAUAAUAACAAUAACAACAACAGCAGCAGCAGCAACAUCAAAACCAAUUCAGCUAACAUUACAACAACAGCAACAAAUCAAUUCCAAAAUAAUGACAACUAUUUAGCGAGCAAUCGAUGUAGCAGCCAAGCAUCCAAUUCCCUAGAUCUAGUACCGGUAGAGCUGCAGCAUUACAACAACAACUACUACUAUUAUUACAACUACAAUUUGAGCUAUGCACCGCCGCCGGCAGCACCACACGAGUGCCUACUCGGGGGGCCCAAGGGGCGCCUCCAGCAACUGAAGCGUCGCACACGCCACGAGCUACAACAGUGGCCGCUGCUCAUGCAGCUGGUGGUGCUCGUCCUGUGGCUGCAUGGCAAAUUCUGGCAGAUCGUGAACGAGCAGAUCCUGAUGCACCGCAGGCGCUGGCAUUAAGUGGCGAACAGCAGCAGAUGCAGAAGUUGGGGCAACUUGUUUGGUAUGCCGUGAGAUCUAUGCUUAAGUUCAUAAUUAUUCUACUCUUUCCAAGUCAAUCUUAAUAAAUAUAAUCACAAUAUGCAGCAUACUCUAAAUGCUACCCCCAAAGACAACAGAUUUCUAGACAAAUCAACAACAACAACAACAAUAGCUCGCAGUACAAGUACAGCAACAACAACAACAACAACAACAUUAAUGGGUACUCGUUCUUGUACUCGUUUCAUUGUACAUCGUACGCUCUCAUCGCUGUCGCUGUCGCUGUCGUCUCGUUUCUAUCUCUCUCUCCCUCUCUCUUUGUUGAACUAUCGCACCACACUCGCUAUCGCUCGUUCUCGUCGUUAAUCUACUCGUAGCUCGCUCGCUCGUUCAUCUCUACGUUUCUUUCUAGCUAUCGUCUGUAGUCGUUAUAGAUCUUUCAGUUGAAGCAUGCAAUACAUUUGUAGUUCCUUUGCUUUAAUGUUUUCUUAGAUUUCCUUUAUUCAUAUAUUAUUUAUUACAUCAUCAUCAUCAUAUCAUCAACGAAUCCCAGCCCACACGAUCCACACAUUGGGCGACAGCGCUAACUAUCAUAUCCAAUGCUAGAAAUGUCUAAAUUGCCUAUAUGUUAAGCCUCGAUAAAUGUAACCCACCCAUCAAACUAUCUAGUCAAGAAAACGUAAACCAAACUGUUUGCAACAAUUUUUGGUAACCCUAGAUGCAUAUUUUAACCGUUUUAUUUAACCUAUUUAUGGGCAGCAUUUUACACAUGGCUUUCGUUUGGCUAGCCUAAGAAAUCACUGAAAGCGGAAUGUGGGCAUGAAACAAACGAUCUUGCUGUUUCAUUCCCAGCGUUCCCACUUAAACGUACGUUCUUAAGCUUGUCAAACAAAACGAACCUAUUUUGUAAUGAGUUUUUGACAUAACCCAGCUGCUAAAUACAAUUACAACAGGCUGGAAUGUGGGCAUGAAACAAACGAUCUUGCUGUUUCAUACCCAACGUUUCAGUGCUGUGCGUACUGUGUGAAUUGCAGUGCUUAAAGUUUGCCAAACAAAACAAUUUAUAAACGAUUUUGAGAUAAGUUUUUGACAAGCUGCUAAAAAACAUAAGAUAUUUAUCGGGUGGACCUAAACCACAUAGUUCCGAUCUAGUAGCACAUUAUACAUUAAUAUUUUAUGUACUUAGUGAAGAGAAGAACACGUAUUUUGUGUAGCGCUUUCUUUUUAGCAAAUGCGAAGGCAAACGCAAACCGAUAGACAAUUUUACGUAUGGUUUUCUAUUAAGAAUAUACUUAUAUAUUAAAAUACAUACUUAUAUGAAUACGAAUAUGAUUUUGUAUACAAUAUAUGCAUAUAUAUACAAAUAUAUGUUUAGUCAAACGAAACUAUUUAAACGAAAGGCAGACGCUGUAGUUACUGAACGAUAAUAUUUAUUUAGUUUUAAUGCUAUGUUUGUCAUUAACUAGUCAGAUAUUAUUAUAUACGCAAAACACAACAAUAACAAAGAUACACUCGAAGUAUACACACGAUAACGAUUAAUGUAGUGCGAUUAAAACCAUGAUAUCUACAUGUAUGGCAAAUAGUUGAAACCCACUUAGUAGAAACCAAAUCGAAUAUUUUAAAAAAGCAGUCGAAAAUCCAUUGCGAAGUCAGCAUUAAACUUUAUAUCGUAUAUAUAAAACUUCAAAUGGACUAGACAAGCUGAUUUUCGGAAGGCAAAGAAUGCUAAUUAUACAUAAAUUAACAGUUAUAUAUAGUAUACUAUUUUGAAAAUGAGGCGCUGUUCAGCUGUUUGAAACAAGAGCAAACACAUAAGUAGUACUUGUGUAUAUACUAUAUAUAUACAUACGUAUACAAUAUCUUUAAAUUGGUUUACGUUUAAUCAAAUGCUAAGUUAUGCCUAUGAUUUCAAUUAAACAUAAUUAGUGUUAUAAUUUUAGCAGAAAGUUAAAAGACAACAACAGAAAACACGACACUACACUACACAAAAUACACUCGUCAAAAAUGAGGUUACCAAAAGAAGAAGAACAUUUAUGAAAAUACAAUUCGAACAGUAAAUGUAGCGACAACAAGCACAUUUGACUUUAAGAUAAAAAAGACACAACAAACAAACAAAAGUAGAAAAUUGAAAAACGAGCGUAAAUUUAAUUAAAAAUAA